UCGACAGAUUGGAAAAACAUGCAUUUGAAAAGAAAGAUGGGGCAACAGCCACAGAAGUACGAUCUCUGAUUGAAUAUAUUAGGACAUGGCCUUUCUUAUUAUCAAUCAUUAUUUGGUAUGACGUUUUAUUUCAAAUCAACAAAUCAAGUUAGCUUCUUCAGUCUUCUACAACCUCUCUUGACAUAUUGGCUAGUGAAAUAAAAGCAACAAAUACAUUUCUUUAUGAGUAUCGUGAGACUGGAUUUACUGACGCACAUAUUAAAGCACAAGAAAUUGCAGAAGAAUUGGGCAUUGAAAAGGUUUUUCCAACAGUGCGCUUAAAAAAAAAAAAAAAAUGUAUUCAUACGAGUGUGCUGAUGAAACUCGGCAACCUGAGCAUCAGUAUAAAGCAGAUUUCUUUUUGCCGCUCAUUGACAUGUCAAUUGCAUCAGUAAAGGAGCGUUUUGAACAGGUCAGUAUCUUCACAAAUCUUUUUGACUUUCUUUACCGGUCUGAGAGUCUUAUCAAAGCCUGUAAUGAAAAUUCUCUUGCUGUAUUUUGCACAAAUUUGCAAACGAAGCUCGGUGAUAUAGAUUCUGAGGAUUUGGAAAUGGAGUUGAAACGAUUUGUCAUAGUUGUACAAGAGGACAAAAAUACAAACCUGAAAUCUGCAUAUGACUUCCUUAACUACGUCUACAAAAAAGAGCUGCAGGAAACUUAUCCUAAUCUAGUUAUUGCGUUACGCAUCAUUCUUACUUCUCCAGUAACUGUUGCAAGUGCAGAACGUAGCUUUAGCAAGUUAAAAUUAAUUAAAACUUUUCAUAGGUCAACAAUGGUCGAUGAACGUUUGUCUUCCCUAGCAAUGCUGUCAAUCGAGAACGAGGUGGCAAGGAAAUUAAGUUAUGAAGGCUUAAUAAAUAAGUUUGCAAGUAUGAAAACACGACGCAAACCUUUUUUUUGACCUGUGAAUGCCUAAUACAUUCACAGUAGUCAAAGAAACUUUUUGUUUUAAACUCUUAAUAAAUAUAACAAUUAUAAAAUAUACUUAAUUAAAUUAAAGGGUUAA